AUGGUGGUCCGCGCUGCCACAGCCCUGCCGGAAGCUCCGAUGUCGCUGAGCAAGAUUGUGCAGGCAGAAAUUGAGGAUGAAACGAUCCGCCUGGCUGUCCUCAUGGUGUCAGGUCGGGCCUUGGUUCUGCAGGCGCGGACUUUGCAGACCGUCGCGGAGCUGAAGAGCGACAUUGAAAGUAAAGAACGCAUACCGGUCCAGGAGCAGUCGCUCCUCUUUCAAGAUGAGAUCCUCCAGAACUCUCGAAAGCUUCAUGAAUAUGGACUCCGACACGAUUCAUGCAUCAGCUUAGUUCGAGUCCAGCCGAUGGAGCUGAAGAUCAUGACGGCACGAGUCAAGUGGAACAUCCGAGUACAGCCACAGGACACCGUGGAAGAACUCAAAGCAUUCGUCAAUGAGAAGAUGUCGAUCCCCUUCGAGCAAAUGCUCUUCGUAUGCAAAGGCAAGCCGUUGGACGAUGGCCGCCCCUUACAAGAGAUGGGCGUCGAGACUGGAGAUCAGGUGGCGAUGAUCUUGCGCCUGAAGGGCUGCGGCCAGUUCAUCGUGGAAACUGAUGGAGGUACGUCUUUUCGUGUCGACGGUGCGUGCGCUGACAAGACGAUAAGUGAAGUCAAGACCGCCAUCCGUGACAGAACAGGUAUGGCUCCAGCUGAGCAGCAUUUGACUUUCAGGAAGCAGGUGCUGGAGGAUGCACAGACGCUGGAAUACUAUGGCAUCAAGCGUGAAUGCAAGAUCCAGCUGGUUCGUCGACCUUCCAGCGAUGGAGUGAACCGAAGAGCAUCAAGGCUUCCAGCUGUCAGCAAUGAAAGUAUUAAUCUCAUGCAGCGACGAUGCAGCAGCACAUUCACAACCUCCACAGAGGCAGCACUGCAUCGUGCCAUGCAAGGGAGCGCGGACUCCGAAUACACUUACGAUUGGCGAUCGACUUGGGGCCCCGAGUCAAGGCGGCGCUCAGAUCCACGGCGUGCGGAUGAUUGGCGGAGUCCUUCGCCAGGGCAUCGAGGUGCUCGAGACACCUCGACGGGGUUGAUUCCAACCGACUAUGGCGAUGACCACUAUGUAGCUGCCAACAUGAAGAUCGCUUCGCAUCCAGGACACUACAUGAAUCAUGAAGCCAGCCAUCUCAUCAACCCACUGUCAGUGGAGUACUGGGCUUCCCUACCUGGACAAGUUCGCGACCAGGCCUUCGCCUUCGAAUUUGAGCAGGGCCACGUCCUAGCGGCGGUGGAGUGGAAGGACAGGGGCGACGGGAUGGGUGUGCAGCGUCUCUCACUGGAAGCAAAGGUUAAUGGAGAAUGGCAGAAGCUUUCCACUUGGGAAGCUGCCAAGAAGCCGGUUUGGCAGGUUCACAAGAUGACAAUGUCCAUGCGAAGUAGCCUCUGGAGGCUCACGUUUCUCCAGAACCACGGAGAUGAGAAUCAUCUUGUCGUUCAAGCAGUCAGGUUUGUCAUCAAGCUGCAGAAGACAGAGCCAGCACACAACGUGGGAUAUCCGCAAAAAAUUACCAGACAGAUCUGGGGCGACCGCAGGUUCACCGACGUGGAGGUCAUUUGCGGUGAGCAGCAUUUCCCAGUUCAUCGUGCUGUGCUUGCAGCGGCUUCCACUGUCUUUGCUGCGAUGCUUGGAGCAGAGAUGAAGGAAAGCCACGUCGUCUGCUCAGAUAUCGUUGACACCACUUUCGUCCACUACAGCGUGACCACACCUCUACCUCGUGUCACCUCCAUAGCGGCCUUGGUCGCGGAAUCGGGCACCGACUGCGGCACCUGCACCUGUCUACAGGCACGUGCGGCUCGCCAGCAGGAAGAGCUGAUUCAGCACAAUCUUUUGGAGAGGUCUCCUGGCUCACCUCCAAAGACGAUGGUGACAAAUAGCUGGAUUCGGGAACCGUUUAUUUGGUUUUCACCUGCGGCACGAGCAUACAGGUUGCCGCUUCUUCGCCCGAUGUUCGCCAAUAUUUACCCGAACUGUGCAAAGUUUCGGCGGAAACGGGUCGUGGUUGACUCCGUCAUUUCUUCGGAAGAGGCCCGCGAAUACACUCAUGAUGCCAAAGAUGCUCAUGGUGACCCGCUCUUCCACAUCGACGAAACCUUCGGCGUGGAUGCUGAGUGCUCAACAGCCUUCCAGGAUUGGCCGAAAAAUCCACUGAACCAGGAGAUUCAGAAUCGCAUACGCUUCUUGAUACGACGGCACUUCAGCGAGAAGCGGCCGCUGCAUCUGGUGGGAGCCAUGCUACGUCGCACACGGCCUGGGGGCGAAUGUGGUUAUGAUCGCGGUCCGACAAUUUGCCAUGUGGACAAGGCAAACAUCAGAGGCUGCAGGUUUGUGCCUCGAAGGCUACUACGACUACAGCGCCAUUCUAUACCUCUCAACGAAGGGUACCGACUUCGAAGGAGGACAACUGGCAUUCAACGAUCCUUAUCGGGACGAGCUGGUGGAGCCCCGUUUGGGACGGUGCGUGAUGUUUGCAUCUGGACCACAACACUUGCACCAAGCUAA